GGAACAAUAAAACUUCAUUAACAAAGACAAAUCAAAUUAUGCAUCAUUGAUUGAGCUUCAAAUGAGGCCAGGAAGACUCUUAACAAGAUCAACCCAUUAACUUUCUACUGGCCCUCAGAUCUUCGAAAUUUUCCCAAACAAAGGGUGGCUAUUCUGUGCUCAAAGCAUUAUUUCUUCUGACUCAAGCUUUGCAAAGAAAGUCAAGAGAGCCAGUUUCUACCAUUACAAACAAAAAAUGAACAAGCUCCCUUAUUUCGCUCAGAUCAAUACUCACAAGUAAAAGUAAGCCAAAGGGACUGUACAACUCCCUACUAAAAAUACGCUCUGAACAGGACACUCAAUUCAAUCAACUCAUUUCUUGUACAAAAAUACAAAGGAGUCGAGCUUUCAACUAACAAAACAAACACAACUGUAAAUCCAACAAAAAGUCCAUCGAUCAACAAGGCUGUCAGGAUCAAUUUAAAAUGAAGAGAUGCUGUUGACAAAAGUAUUGACCCUUCAUUAGGAUCCUUCGAUGAAACCAUAACUAAAUCAUUAAAAUCUCACUCAAAACCCCCAAAGCACAAAUCAAUGUUUAAUCCAACAAGGUACAUCAGAAGGAAGUUCACGAAACACAGAAGCCCAUCCUCAAAAUCUUAUUAUCCCAAAACUCUAACUAAGGGAACAGGCCUUGAAAUCAGCCCAAGGCUUAAGCCCCAAUUCAUGACUAUGAACACAAAGCCAAAGGACUCAUCAGUCCAGUUCUUCAGAAGAAUCCCAAAGCAUGCUUAUAAAUCAAACCUAGAGGCAUUAAAAUCUCAGAUUUCAAAAGGAAUUUAUGAUACUGUGAUAAGGAGAAAGUCUCAGCCGGUGAGAAUUCUGGCUUCUUAAACUCAGAAGUGAUUUUGCUACCUUAUUUUAGAAGUUUUAGAGUAAAAUUUGAAGACACACCAAUAGUCCUCUCCAUUUUGGUGAAACCGUUUUAUUCAAAACCAUAAAUCUUUCUU